AUGCCCAACCUACCUGAUAUGCCGGAAGAAGUGCUGAAAAUCAUCUUGAAAGAUGCAGAUUUGAGGAGAAUACUGUCGCUUCGAAAAGUUUGCCACCAAAUGCGAGACCUUCUGGACCAGAUGGAUUUCGAUUUUGGGAUCGAUCAAAUUCAAAUUUCUCGAAAAUUAUAUGAAACGGAUCUAGAAAUUUCUACAGGUCCCGAAAACUUUCUUAUCACUUAUCAGUGGAAACCUGCCGAAUCGGAACCAUGUAUAAUUUUGGAUGGGAUCCGAACAUUUGAAAUUUUGGAAUCUAAACAUUUAUCAAAAAUUGAUGCCCAUAAUCGAGACUAUGAUUCCUUGUUUUUUGGAGAUUUGAGGAUUAUUUUGAAAUUUGUAAAAAAUUUAAAUCUUCUAAAAAUCCAAACUAUCCCGGACAACCAAUUUAAUGGUUUCUAUUCCUGUCCCAUUAACACUUUAAGAUUUUAUAACAAUUUCGAAAGAUAUCUAAAGUCUGAAAAUAUUUAUCUGAAAGUGGGAACGUUGAAUUUCGUGGCUCACUCGCAACACCAAGUCCUACAAAUCCUUCCAUUCAUUCAUUCAAACUUUCUGGAAACGCUGGACAUUGUUCUGGAGUACCCCCGACAUCCGGAGCAUUUGGAGGCUAUUCAAUCGAUAAAAAUCGAUAAAAUCACAGAAUUGGAUCAAUGGAAAAAUGCGGAAAAUUUGAGAAUUCAAGGGCUGAUUUUUCCGCCAAAAAUCAAGGAUUUCGAACACUUUGAAUUGGUUGAAAUAUCGAUUGCAACUGUGGUAGAGGAUGAACUAAGGGAGAUAAAAGAGGCAUUUUUCAAUGAAAAUUCCCGCCUCAACUGUUUCGAAAUCAAUUACAUUCAUAUGGACGUCACAACGCUUCUCCGAGUUUUUGGAUUUCCAGAAAACCGGCCUGAGGAUUCUGCGGAUUCUGAAAAUUGGUAUUUUCCAAUUAAAGACGAUCAAAUUCUGCUGAAAAUCGGACAUUAUCCACUGGAAGAUGCGAAUCACGAGCAAUUGGAUCCAAUUUAUUCAAGCAUUCUUUUCUUGAAAUGUUUCAAAAUUCCGGAAUAA